GUGACGCUAAGAAAACAUUGCUCGCUGAGUUUGUCUCAUCAAAGUUUACUUUGACGCGUUGCGUACCGGUCGGUGGCAGUUCGUCGUAGUUGUCGCUGAAGAAAAGUGAAUGUUAUUGUUGUUGACGGCAAGUUUUGCACACAAAAAUACACAUUUUAACGUUUUUGUGAUCUUUAUUUUCGAAGACUUUUGUUGUCAUGUUGAGUGCUAACAGCGUUUCUUGAAAAAGCGACAAGUGUUAGGUGUGCGCGGCUUUAACCGACAUUUAGCGGCAAAAAAUUGAAAAAUAAUAUUUCAAAUAACAGCGAAUAGUGUGAAUAAUUGGCGAAGAAGCUCAAAAGCGUGAAAGCUGUCUGAAAUUCUGACAAAUAUUUACUUAACAGUUAACCACGAUCAACACAAGCUGUUCCGUUAUAUUUCGUGCGCAUUGCGGCAAUAAUUGUGAAAAUUAUCUUUGAUAAAAAGAAAAUAAACAAAACAAAGUAAAGAAGCGAGCAAGAAAGCAAAGUAAAGCAGGAAAAAAAAUAAAUAAAGUGAAAUAAAAUAAAAAGUGCAAAAAAAAAUAUAUUAAGAAAAGACCAACGAUAAGCUGCAAAUUAUCUUGUGCUUUUGCGUCUUCUAAUUUACUGCGAGCAUCUCUUAAACUCCAAAAUGUCAAUUUGGCUGAACAACAAACACGCACACACAUUUUGCUGCGCAUGCGCCACUGCAUUGCUAACACUUUUGCUGCUGAUUGACGGCGCAGAGAGUUAUGGCUUCGGCAGGUGUCCGAAAUAUCCAUCGAUGCCGAAAUUCAAUAUGAGCAGAGUACUUGGUCAAUGGUACGAAGUGGAGCGUUCCUUUUAUCUGCCCGAAAUCGCGUCUGGUUGCACGCUACUGGAAUUUCAACCACUACAUAAGGAGAAACUCUCCAAGUUUAAUAAUUUUGAGCUCGAAGUGGCAAUCAAAACGAUAAACAGAUUAACCGGCAAUCCGUCGGUGAAUCUGGGUUAUGCCACGCCUGAGAAUCGAAAGUCUUCAAUUAUGGAUUUUAAGUUCAACACUCGCUUCCCGGACGUUAUCGCACGACUACUGCCUGGCUCUGGCAAAUAUCAGGUGCUCUACACGGACUAUGAGAAUUUUGCGAUUCUAUGGUCUUGUGGCAGUCUAGGCUCGAUCGGUUAUUCCGAUCAAAUUUGGGUGUUCGGACGCGAUCGCGACUUCCCCGUAGAAGUUCGUACAAAAAUCUACGACGCUUUAAAGAAAUUGGGCUUGGAUCCGGAGCGAUUAGUGUUGAGUAAAAAUAAAAAUUGUCCACAAACAUUAUAGUUAACUUUGCCAUAAAAAUUCACACAAAAAAAAAUAAUUACUUAUAUUUAAAUAAUAAAUAACUGUGUAUAUACAUAAUUAAUUUUACACUAAACUCAAAAUAAGUUAUAGGAAGAAAUUGGUAAUUAUUUUAAAGUAAAAAAUGUGAAAUUAAAAAAAAAAAGAUUAUAGCCUAACAUAAUUAUACUAGAUUAAGUCGCUGUGAUAAUAAGAAAAGUGCAUCCGAAUGAUCAUUCCGAAAAUUGUUUAUGUAUUAAGAUGUAAAUAAACGACAAUAAAUUUAUAUAUAAUAUAA